CAUCCUCAACGAGUGCUGGAAAAGUAUGAGCUCACGCCGUGCUUUGACUCAAAACCGCAGAAAAUAGCCUGAAGCUUAUGGGAUUACCUGAAACACCAUCCUCCGUCUGCUGAAUUUCUUCGUCCUCUGCCUCUUCGCGGCAAAAAUGGAAAAGUGGUGUUAACGUGGAGCACGCCGGCGGCCGACUGGCGCAUAAUUUUCCUGGAGGGACCGGCGGCAAUCUCCGGUCAUUAAAUGUCCCAACUUUCUCACGGUUUGCUAUAAAAGGACUGCAUUGCUUCUCCGCUGCCAUCCGCGUCUCUGGCAAUUUGUAGUGAGAAAGUAGUGAGAGAAACGGGAGGGAGGAAGAGAGAGGUAGCCAUGGCUGCACCAACAGAGCAACCACUCUUGACUCCAUACCAGAUGGGAAAGUUCUCACUUUCUCAUAGGGUGGUGUUAGCGCCAUUGACAAGACAAAGAUCCUAUGGGAAUGUGCCUCAGCCUCACGCAAUCCUGUAUUAUUCCCAAAGAACUACAAAGGGUGGCCUUCUAAUCAGUGAAGCCACAGGUGUUUCAGACACUGCCCAAGGCUAUCCUGAUACACCUGGAAUUUGGACAAAGGAGCAAGUAGAGGCAUGGAAGCCAAUUGUUAAUGAUGUUCAUGAGAAGGGUGGUAUAUUCUUUUGCCAGUUGUGGCAUGUUGGAAGAGUCUCUAAUACUGGUUUUCAGCCUAAUGGACAGUCUCCAAUUUCAUCUACGGACAAGCCAUUGAAACCCAAGCUAAGGAGUAACCAAGUGGACGUAGCAGAGUUCUCUCCACCUCGUCGGCUAAAGACAGAAGAAAUCCCUGAAAUUGUCAAUCACUUCAGACUUGCUGCCAGGAAUGCUAUUGAAGCUGGCUUUGAUGGAGUCGAGAUCCACGGAGCCCAUGGAUAUCUGUUGGAACAAUUCAUGAAGGACAAUGUGAAUGACAGGACAGAUCAGUAUGGAGGCAGUCUAGAGAAUCGAUGCCGCUUUGUGCUAGAAGUAGUUGAAGCAAUUUGUCAAGAAAUUGGAUCAGAUAAAGUUGGCAUAAGGCUUUCACCUUUUGCAGAUUAUGCAGAGUCAGGAGACUCAGAUCCACUAGCUCUUGGGCUUUACAUGAUGGAAGCACUGAACAAAUAUGGGCUUCUCUAUGCACAUGUAGUGGAACCCAGGAUGAUCACUGUUGGAGAGAGAACAGAAACUUCACAUAGUCUGCUUCCAUUUAGGAAAGCCUUCAAGGGGACUUUGAUUGCUGUUGGAGGUUAUAAUAAGGAAGAUGGAAACAAAGCAAUUGCUGAUGGUUAUGCAGAUCUAGUUGCAUUUGGUAGAUUUUUCUUGGCUAAUCCAGACUUGCCAAGGAGAUUCAAGCUUGAUGCUCCUCUUAAUAAGUAUAACAGGUCUACCUUCUACAUAUCAGAUCCUGUCAUUGGGUAUACUGAUUAUCCGUUCCUUGAACAGGCAUCGACUGAAUAGAGUCUAUACAUGUUCAUCAAAUAAAGUUGCAGGGGAGGUGAGGCUGCUGAGAUCAAAUCCGUUCACCUUCGUUUAGACAUAUGAAGAUUAAUAACAUGUACUUUUGUGUAAAUCUUGCCCCCACAUUGAUCUCGUGCAUCUUGGGUUCAAGAAUUGAAGUGUCCCGGUUGUUGAUCCUGCUACAUAGGCUUUUAUUAGGCUCCCAAGGAUGCUGUAUCUGAGGUUCUGAAUAGCAGUCUAAGCAUUGCAGUUAGGAAUCAUGAGGUGCGGGAUGUUUUAUCUAAUGAGUUCAGAGGUUUAAGUAGACUAUGGAAUUUUGUUUCAGUGAGAAUAAGGAAAUUUAAUAUGCUCCAUAUUUUUUA